UUGUCUCUCUUUUCAGGAAUGUGCAGUAAAGUUGGAUUAUAUUGAUAGAGAUUGGCAUUUAAAGAGUAGGUGUUCUUCUUAUCUCUAAGUUGUCAAUUUUGGUUCCCCACUUGCAUGGACUCUCAAUCAACUUCGCUUCAUCUUUGUUAUGCAAAAAAAUUCAUUUCAUGUACUCAAAACUCAAAUGAUAUGCAGCUGCACACAAGUCAACUUUUGCAAACGCAAUCCAUGUCACUAGCUGUAGCUUCCAGCUAGUAUACUUGUUGAUAAUGAUUGAUGACGAAACAAAACACUAGCACCAUGUGUAGUGUUCUCAUGGUGGUGAUAUAAUUAGCGGUGCAGCCAGAUUGAUUCUUCUUACUAGAUCUGGAACCAAAAAAGAAAAAAUAAUUAAAAAUAAAAUAGAAUUAUUAGAGCAACAAAAACAGCAUAUACAUGCAAGAAAUCGUGGAAGGAGGUGGAGAAGGAAGUAGUGGCGGUGGUGGUGGACGUAGAAGCCGUGGCCGUCCACUUGGAUCAAAGAACAAAACGAAGCCUGCCUGCAAAAUCAUUCCUAGUGAAAGCGACGCAACAAACGGCAUGAGAAGUCAUAUCUUAGAGGUUACAAACGGGAAUGACGUUUUCAAGAGCAUUGCAAGAUAUUCUCUGCAGCGGCAAUGUGGUGUUUGUGUUUUAGGCGGAAGUGGUGUUGUCAGCAACGUUAGUCUCCAUCAACCAACGGCGUCACCUGAAGGUGUUGUUACACUUCGUGGGAGAUUCGAGCUUUUAUCACUAUCAGGUACUUUUCUUCCACCACCGUUGCCACAAGGUUCGACGGGUUUGGCCGUGUAUUUAUCAGGUGGGCAAGGACAGGUGGUGGGUGGGAAGGUUGUUGGAGAGUUGAUAGCAUCUGGACCGGUAUUGGUGAUUGCAGCAACGUUUCAGAACGCGAUGUAUGAGAGGUUGCAACCGGAUGAAGAAGAAAACGUUGUUUAUCAUCAUGAUUUGCUGCAGCCAACAACAGCUUAUAGUGGUGGCAGCAGAGAAGAUUUGGAAACACAGUUACCGCAAUCUUCUGUGGUAAACUCUGGAAAUACUAGUGGUCUAUCUGCACCUCGGCGAGCUCAUGAUCUGGUUGGUAAUGUUGGUGAAAUGUCACACAACAUGUAUUGGGGUUCUCCUCCACCUCCCUAGUUCAUUUCACAACACCAGAAGAAAUCACUUAUUUAUCAUUGCAACUGCAAGUUUUCCCCUUUUGGGGAGAUCCAUACUCGUAAACAGCCACAGAAAGCAGUAGCGAAUCAGAUAAACUCUUUUUU